AUGACAGAUUUUAAUAAGCCUAAUGUAGAAAUUGAGCAAGAUGAAGCGGAGAAUUUGCUUCGUAUGGAUCCAGUUCAAUCUAGUUUCGACGUUGAAACAAGACCUGUAGAACCUGAUACGUUUGCUGGUGAAUCGGUUGUUGAAACUAGAUAUACAGGCGGCGAUACAUUAGAUGAACCUAUUCGAGUUACUUUGCUUAACGAAUUUCGAGCAAUCGGCGAAAAACUAAUUUACAUCCUGUAUCCCAAAAAUGCCCAAGUGUUGAGAGAUUGGGACUUAUGGGGGCCUUUAAUAUUCUCUCUGGUUAUAUCUUUAUGCCUUGCUCUUCCUGCAUCAAGAGCAGAUCGAGAAUCUAUUUUUACGGUUGUCUUUGCUCUCAUUUGGUUUGGCGAGGCUAUCUGUUCUUUAAACAUCAAACUCUUGGGUGCUAACAUUAGCAUUUUCCAGUCUAUUUGUAUCCUUGGUUACUCUUCAUUCCCCCUCGUAAUCUCUUCAGCCGUUUGUUCUUUUCUCGAUCAACUUUAUAUUCGCAUACCUGUUAACGUAGCUAUGUAUGCGUGGGCUACUUUUGCUUCUCUAGGCGUAUUGCAAAAUUCCAACCUUGUCAAUAAGAAGUUCUUGGCGGCUUAUCCUCUCUUUUUAUUUUACUUUUCCUUGUCUUGGAUCAUCUAUUUAUAA